CCCAUGCCCGCAGCCCCGCCGGACCGCCCUUGAGCGCGGGCAUCGCGCCCGCGCCCCCUACCCGCCGGCACCAUUGCCCCGACGGCGCGGCCGGGUGGCCCGGCUCUCCCCAGGCUCCGCGCCGGCCGGAAAACGCUGCUGGCAGCUGCUGCGGGCGUGGUGAUGCUGCUCGUGCUGGUGGUGCUCAUCCCGGUGCUGGUGAGCUCGGGCGGCCCGGAUGGCCACUAUGAGAUGCUGGGCACCUGCCGCAUGGUGUGCGACCCCUACCCCGCGCGGGGCCCCGGCGCCGGCGCGCGGUCCGACGGCGGCGACGCUCUGAGCGAGCAGAGCGGUGCGCCCCCGCCCUCCACGCUGGUGCAGGGCCCCCAGGGGAAGCCGGGCCGCACCGGCAAGCCGGGACCCCCCGGGCCUCCAGGGGACCGGGGUCCUCCCGGUCCUGUGGGACCGCCCGGGGAGAAGGGUGAACCAGGCAAGCCUGGCCCUCCAGGCCUGCCCGGUUCAGGAGGCAGCGGCGCCAUCAGCACGGCCACCUAUACCACGGUGCCACGCGUGGCCUUCUACGCCGGCCUCAAGAACCCUCAUGAGGGUUACGAGGUGCUCAAGUUUGACGACGUGGUCACCAACCUAGGCAACAACUACGAUGCGGCCAGCGGCAAGUUUACAUGCAACAUUCCUGGCACCUACUUUUUCACCUACCACGUCCUUAUGCGCGGCGGCGACGGCACCAGUAUGUGGGCGGACCUCUGCAAGAACGGCCAGGUGCGGGCCAGUGCCAUUGCCCAGGAUGCAGACCAGAACUACGACUAUGCCAGCAACAGCGUGAUCCUGCACCUGGACGCAGGCGAUGAGGUCUUCAUCAAGCUGGAUGGAGGCAAAGCGCAUGGUGGCAACAGCAACAAAUACAGCACUUUCUCUGGCUUCAUCAUCUACUCAGAUUGAGCCCCUGCACCCCUUUCCAUCUGUGGCUCUUUAUCCCUAGGGCUCCAUUCUCGGGAGAGGCAAACAAGAACCCAUUCCCUACUCAUUUUCAAAUUGCCUGGCCCAGGCCGCUGACCCUCCUAGGCUGAAUCGCCUCUUGCCUCCACCACCUAGUCCAGGCCUUUAUUCCAUGGAGCGCAAAGACACCCCCACCCCCACCCCCGCACGCAGUUCCGGCCCGGGUGGCAGGUUGCCUUCCUGGUCCCAGCCUGUACUGUAUAUGUGUACAAUAGGACUGUUUACUGCCCACCCCUCCUGCCAGCCAGACCCAGUCUGGGGGGAGCGGGGAGUUGGCGCAGUUGCUUCCUGCGGGGUGACCCCGCCUGGGGGAGGAGCGGGUUAGGGGCUGGAUUACUUCCCAGCACCCACAAAACCCUGGAACAGCUGCAACUGGUCUGACCAAAGCUAUAAUAAAAACAUUUCCACCC